UCGAACGUUUCCCCCGACCACAAAGCUCCGGAAAAGCAGGAAAAAGAGUCGCGAACAAAAUCGGGAAAAUCGAAGGAAAACAAAACAAAAAAAAAUCGGAAUAAAUCAAGGCGAAAUGGUGCUCGACAUUAAGAUGUGCCGAUUUGAUAAUGUGCCCUGGGGCUUUCGCUUGGUGGGCGGGGCGGACUACGACUAUCCGCUGACGGUGGUUAAGGUGACCGAGGGCAGCAUUGCUGACGAGGCCGGACUGCGGGUCGAGGACAUCAUCGUGCGCAUCAAUGACACGGCUGCCACGCCCCUCAGCCACGACGAGGCCCACCGCCUCAUUAUGAACAGCGGCAGCGUCUUCUACUUCGGCGUCUACCGGGAGAACGAGGAGGACGCCUACGAAAUCCUCACGAAGUUCCCAAUGAGCGAGGGUUCGUUGACCAAGUCACCAUCGGCGUCCAUGUCGCCGUCGCCGACUCCAUCGCUGUCCCAGCUGACGGAAGCCACAAAUGCCCGCACUCCGGAACCGGAGCCAUUCGUCCCGCCUCCCAGGGAAUUCGCCACCAUUACGGCUCCAGCUGUGGACGUGGCCGUGGAUGUUGGCAUGGCGGCAUGUCGCCAAGCCAUGUCGGAAGUGCAUUCGGAAGGCAAUGGCGGGGAUGUGCCCGCCGAGCCAGAAGAAGCCGUUCCCAACGGGGGUCUCUACUUGCCCGAUUUGCCCGAUCGCCCGUGCUCGGCGCUGUCCGAACGGCAGGAAAUUAAGCUGGUGGAGGAGGAAAUUGCAGCCGUGCUGUCCGGCGAGUCGGAGGUGCUCAAGGAGCACAAUGUCCUCGGCGUCAAUUUCUAUAGGAUCUUUCCCAAGCCGGGCGUCUGCAUGUCCAGCGAUGUGCUGCGCUCCCUCAACGAGGAGGUGACCAAGACCAAGCUGGAGAAGGACAAGGAGAACCGCCAGUGGUCCACCUUCCUGCAGCGUCCCAAUCGUCCCGUUCCGAAGAGCAAGCAAAUGCUGGAGGCGGAGCGCCGGGCGGCCAAUGCCUACAAGGUGACGAUUGUCAAGUCGGCCCCACGAGAGAAGUCGCCCAUGCCGGAAGCUAAACCGGCGCCAAAGGAAGCCACUCCACCCAAAGGGGAGGAACCGGCGCAGGAGGAGGUGGUGGCGGAGCAGGAGCCUGACCCGGAGCCCGAGAAGGAAGAGGAGCCAUUGCCCGCGGACAGCGAGGUGCCGAAUUUGGAACAGCUGCCGGAGAGCGAGUUGUCGGACGAGCAGCCGGAGAAAGCCGAUGUGCCCAAGGAUGUUUGUGAAGCGGAAGUUGCCCCAUCGGAACCUGGUUCACCCCCAGGCCCCGAAGCUUCCGAGGCUCCAGCAACCCCGCCGGCUGAGCCCAGUAGUACUCCACCCAAAACCGACGAGGAGUUGGCCCUGGAGCACCAGUUGGCCGAUGUGCAGAGACAACUGGCCGCCCUCUCGUCACUGCCCUCCACCAUACAGUCCACCCUGGAUGCGGUGACCAAGCAGCUGGCCGAAUUGCUGCCCACCUUCAAGCUGCAGCAGCAGGAGAAGGAGAAGGAGAAGGAGCAGCCGGAAGCGCCACUGCCACUGCCGCAAAUCGAUGAGAAACCGGGCGAUGAGGAUGGGGAUGGGGAAACCACUAUCAACACCGCAGGCGAAACGGAGGAUGCAGGCAAGGGCAUAUCCAUAUCUGCCACUGACAACCCACUGGGGCCAUGUGAGAGUAAUGAGGAUAGAUGCGAUGCCAAUGACCGGGAAGUGGCGGAAAUAUCGCGCUCCACUGACGACAAUCGCCUGGCCAAGGACAAGAAAAAGGAUCUGGAGCAGGAGCCGUUGUCCGAGGAGCAGAGCUUCAAGAAGCAGAAGGGUCAACUUCAUGAAGUACCAGAAGCCGGAGCGCAAAAUCGAUCUGAAUCGCAGCGAGGUGUACAAGUAUCUCAAUCCGCAUCUGGACAGGGCACCCGUGCGAGGCAUCGAGGUGCGUGCUCCGCUGGUGGCCGCCGAGUCGGACAUUCGCCAGUCGCUGCAGUCGUAGAAAUGAUGUACCACCCCGAAUGUUCAACAGCAGCCACCUCCCAAGCCAAGCCCAUAGUUACACUGAGAAUAAAGCCCCUUACAAUUAGGAUUUUGGAUGGGAAAGGAGAUCAUUGUAAAAUUUGGCAGAGAAGCGUUUACGGCGUUAAUAGCCUUCAUAAAAAGAAAAAUAAGGCAAUAACUUAUUCAUAUCUCACAAGAUUAAACCCUUAAAGUAAAUUAAUUACAGAUUGAGGUGCAAAUAUGUGUAUGCAAUAGGUGCAAUAUAUAUAUAAAAAAGGACAUAAAUAUAUUAGUUUUUUUUAUGAAUUUUUUAUGUAAUCAAUUUAUUAAGAAUUUUCUCAAAAUCUGUUUUUGCAAAGAAUUAAUAGCCAAUCAAUCAUCCCUAAGGAAAUGUUAUAAAUAAUAAAUGAGACAAAUGUAGGGUGGACAUAAGCUGCGAACAAUACUUGCGAUUUCUUGGCAACAACUGUUUCUAAAUAAAUAUGACCACAUAAACAAACCGAUUUCAGUAAUAAAUUCUUAUCAGCUUUAAAACGCUUCUCUGCUGACUUUUGGAAUGCUAAAUUACCGACAUAUCCUAGAAUAGACAAACAUAUUUCUGUUAAA